UGAUUUAUGCACACUCUGAAGCCUCGAUUAAUGGAAUCUAGUGUAAUACUUCUGUUUCAGACACUGGAGCCUGCUCGGGCCCCAGCACCGCGGAGCAAGCACGCCCGGGGCGAGAAAGAUUAUUUCCGACCGCACAUGCGCACUCGGCGCUCGAGUCAUUUGGUGGGUUCAGCGCAGGGCGGGCCGCCAUUGGCUGAUGUUGCCAUGUACGUCAUGAUCAUGAGAGCAGGUGUGAUUGGACGUGGUUGAUUUUAUUGUCUGGCUCGGAGAGCAGAAUUCUGCUGAAUUGAUAUUCUUCUGAUUUUUGCAGGGCUUCAAGGUACGCGCAGCUGAUUUUACCAUGAAUUCAACUGAAUUUAGAAGUUUUUUUUUCAACCCGCGCCUUUCUCGGGUUGCGGUGGUGGACAGGAGGGUCGGUAAAAGUGGCUAAAGUUGGCAGUUGAGCGUGGCCUGCCCGCCGGCUGCUGAUACUGCAUGACCUGCUGAGUUCUGUUGUGACUGUGAUCGAAGUUACUGGAGAGACAUUGAAGCUGGUGAUAUAGAAGGUCUUUAUUCAGCACAACAAGCAGGCAUCAUUCUGGAGACACUCUCGGUAGAGGCUCACUAACCCAAAGAUGAAUCUGCGCUCUAUAUUCACAGAGGAACAGCAACGAGUAUUGCAACGUUAUUAUGACAGUGGAAUGACAAAUCAGAGUAAAAAUUGCUUUGGAUUAAUAAUACAGUGUGCUCGUGAAACAGGUUUAGAUUUUAAUGUAGUCAGGACUUGGAUUGGGAAUAAAAGACGAAAAUUGAAUUCUACGAAAUACAGCUUGGAUGAUACACCGUCAACGCAGGGGUCAGCAGGAAAUGGUACAGUGGGAAAAUCUGAUGCACCUGUCAAAAACACAAGCUUUGUCUAUCCAUCCCAGUGCCAGCAAACUAUUUUAACAUCGCCAUGCAGAAAUGUAAUGGUAACUGGUGUGCUUAAUUCCACUUACUCUACAAGUAGACAAGGGUUAUCUCACCAGAAGGAUGCCCACCGGUGUGAAGUUUCUAAUCUUGCACCCAGGCCAACUGGGCGAACCAUUUCAGAAAUAGAAUUACAACAUGUUUCUGGUCAAAGACAACCUGUCUCUAAAAACCCUGCAAUUACUUUCUGUGAGAAAAUUAUUCCUGGAUCAAGACCAUUAAAUCUUCAUAGUCCCACCAACACCAUAAAUACAACCAGUGCAAAAAAUUACAGUCCUGUUUAUGUUCAAACAGAAGUAAAUAGGCAGACAGCAACAGCUAAGUCAGUUGGUGGAUGGCCAAAACAGUUUAAUUCAACCAUUGCAGAGUGUCCACGGAAGCUCAGUUCGGACCCUCCUUUCUCAAGAAGUAUGUCUAGCUGUAUAUCUGAUUCAAAGAUUACAAGGAAUUCAGGGGACCCAGCAGUCAGCUCUCUCCAAAUUCGUGAUGUAUAUUCACUAGCAGGCAGUAAGCAGUCCCCCAGAAACAGAGAUCAUGCAUUUUGGAACUCCUGUCAUAUGGAAAGUGGGUGCUUUUCCAUUGCCAUGGAAACUGGAGAUGUUGAUGAGUAUGCAAGGGAGGAGGAGCUUGCAUCAAUGAGUUCAGAGCUGAAGCAUCAUCCAAGAGUUUCUGAACCAAAUACAUCAAAAGAAAUGGAGUGCACAAAUACAUCAGUCGUAACGCCAGCGAGGCACAUAAGCUCUGGCUCAAUACAGACCAGUAAUAAGGAUAUUUCUGGAAGUGUAUUCUAUUCCAGUGGAGAUUUCAGAGCACCUGGGUCAACAGUGACCUUGAACAGUAAUAUAAAUUCAUCAGAGGACUCACUGAACCCCCACUUUCCAUCAACUGGAUACCAAAGACCAGCUUCCAGUCAAGGCAACUAUCAGGCGUCAGGAUCUCUUGCAUUGCCUUGUCUAACUGGAACCUCAAGGAAAAGAACACUGCAGGAUCGUACACAGUUUAGUGAGAAUGAUCUGGCUGUUCUGAAAAAAUAUUGGGAUGUGGGUAUGACCAGCCUGGGGUCAAUAUGCAGAGAAAAGAUAGAAGCAGUCGCAAUGGAGUCAAAUGUGGACUGUGAGAUUGUCAAGACAUGGAUAGGAAAUCGGCGAAGAAAAUAUCGGCAGCUGGGGAUUGAGUUACCUCCUGCACGUGGUGGACCAGCUGACUUUUCAAUUCUAUCAAAUGCAAGUUCACCUGCAUUGUCUGAAGUCAAGGCGGAAACAAUCAAGUCACCAGAAAAUUCUGAAGAUAAUGACAAGAGCAAAGAUGAUGUCAGUUUAUCUGAAGGUGUUCCAAGUGAAUUGGAACAAAGGGAGGAUGAAGAUGAGGAAGAGGAAGAAGAAACUACUGAAGAGAAUGGCGAUGGAGGAAGUAUUAGUGACGGGUCAUGCAGUAUUCCGACAUUGGAAAAAGUGAAAUUAGAAGUACUUGAUGAUGAUGCAGCUGAGAUGAGCAGUUGUGAUCGCAUAGCUGUUGAAGUUGAGCAGCUUCAAAAAUUACUGAGCUUAAAGAACGAUGAAAUGAAGUACCUUGAGAAUGAGUUGGAGAGACAAAAACAGAAAUACCUCCAUCUUCGGAAUUUCACCACAAGUUUAGUUCAUGCAGUUAAAUCAAAUGACAAAGAACAACAACAGAUGCUGCUGACAAAUUUGCCUCCAGACACUGAACGUAACUUGGAUUCACCUGGCAACCGGGAACAAAGCUAAUUAGGUUUCCUCUGUAUCAGAGGAUCUUACUGAGUACGAAAGCUUUUUGAAAGUGGUAAAGACUUGUUUAAAAUUAUUUGUAUUAUUGUUAAAUAUUUUACAUCUUUAAAAAUAAAACUGCCUAUACUACAGCUUGAUGACAAGAUGAAACAACUGCAGAAUAAAAUAGAAUUUGUUUGCUAGCGUUGUUGCUUUUUUGUGACAUUUGAAGUGGUAUUGGGAAAUG